GCCCUGGCUUUUUCCUGGAACAUCCUUUUAUCGUUAUGCCUUCAUUUCCUCGAGUCAUUAUAACCCCGCCUGUUUAUGUGGAUUUUGCUUGAUGCAGGGGCUGAUAUUCAGAAGAAACGGAACAUGGAGAGGAUGUAAACCCCACAUACAUAUAAAAGUCAGUGAAGAACUACAUCAUCCUUGAAGAUAUCAUCCCAGUGUUCUGAUUGCUGAGACCAUGUACAUGAUGAUGAUAAAACGGACCAGCUAACAUGGUGAAGUGAGUGGUUUAUCAAGUCCCGACAGACUUCAAACUCCAUAGUGGAGAGCAGUGAUGGUAGCAAGCAACAGUCAUAUUAAAAGCAGCUACCAUCUCACACACAAGACCGGGAGUGAUGCUGUCCUUUGGCUAGUCCUAAGGAACGCCGAUCGUGCUUAGAGGUGGGAUAAAGUACACGUAAAUCUUUGUCCAGUCGGGAGAGGAAGAGGAGUCCAUAAUGACGACGUUAUCAGACAUUUCGCGCGAGAACCUGACCACGUACAAGCUGGUGGUCGUCGGGGAUGGCGGCGUGGGCAAGAGCGCCAUCACAAUUCAGUUCUUCCAAAAACUCUUUGUAGCAGACUAUGAUCCAACCAUUGAGGAUUCUUACAUUCAGCAUACCGAGAUCGAUGGGAAUUGGUGUAUAUUAGAUGUGUUGGAUACAGCUGGCCAGGAGGAAUUUUCAGCAAUGAGAGAGCAAUACAUGAGGACGGGUGACGGCUUCCUGCUGGUUUAUUCAGUCACCGAUAGAGCAAGCUACGAGAACAUGAAAGCUUUCCAUACUCAAAUACUCAGAGUCAAAGACAAAGAUUCAUAUCCAAUGAUCCUGGUCGCCAACAAAGUUGACCUUGUCCAUCAGAGGAAAGUCACAGAGGAAGAAGGAAAGAACGUAGCUGCAGAACUAGGGCAUAUUCCAUAUAUUGAAACAAGUGCAAAAGAUCCUCCUAAGAACAUUGACGCAGCCUUCCAUGAAGUAGUAAGAGUUAUCAGGAGACAGCCUGUGGAAUCAAAGAAGAAACGCAAAAAUGGCUCCACUUGUAUUCUAUUGUGACAUGGUUGUCAAGCAGGCAGCCAAUGGACUUGUGAAGGAGAAAGUUUCUUUUUGUCUUAAAUCUGAUACCAUAUGACAAAUUUUUCAAUGUCAUUAUUGAGUGAUGAAACACACGCAAGGAAAGACACAAUUUUUGAGGAAUUGAAUGGUCUCGGAUAUGUUGUGUCUACAUUGCUGAUCAGUAAAUCUCCAACUCAAGGAUCGGAGGUUGUGUCAUGUUAAGUUACAACUCUCUAGGUUCAAAACCUGAAUCCUGGUUUACAUGUAACUUAAACUGUGGCUUUGAUUUAGCUUUGGAUAGCCAAAUGUGGCACCAAUAUCUUAACAGUAAAGGUUCAAUAUACCAACUCAUUUGACACUCAUACAAUCAAGAAUUCUAUGAACAAGAACAAGGUCAGUCCUUUCACCAUUUGAAACAUAAAUAGUAAAUUUUUGAAAGUUUUGAAGUGUUUGGGUAGGCAGGGCUUACAUUUACAGGUGAAUGAAGAAGAGUACAGAAUUAGGGACCUUUGGUUUCACCUGUAGGUCUAACCAUCAGGGGCCUGUUUCAUAUUAAAAGACUAUUUAACUAUGGUAACUUUGCCAUAAUGGCAACUGCCAUGGAAACCUUGAUUUUGAUUGGCUGUUGAACUGUGGUAGCUGCCACAAUGGCAAAGUUCCAACAGUUGCAAGUCCUUUAUGUCAUGGGCUUCAGUAUUGUUAUUCUGAAGGUUGGUUUCUCUGGAAUAUGCAUAUUUUAUAUACCAAAAUACUUGUUAAUCUGAAAAAAAAUCCAAAUAUUCGUGGCAUUAUUCAGAUCCGUAUUAAAAGAGAAUGAGGUUUGUUAAUCCGAAAGUAUGGUAGUUCAAAAAUUAACAAAGGUUUGGUAGUUUGCAAAAUACUCAUAUACUUAACAAUCUUAUUAUUGUACAAUCAAUUUUUUUUUAAAUGUUACUAAGGCCCAGACCCUGAAGUAAAUUAACACCUAAUGAUAUUUACUGAUGCAUAUAGCAGUCAAAUUGUAAGAAUUAAAGACAAAAAAAAUUGUCAUGGACUAAUGGAGGAGCGAAUACUUGUUAAAAUAUCCUUCUUUUGUUUUUGGUUCAAGUCUUUCUUCGCACUUUUAGAUGAAAACAAUCCGUAUUCACCCAGGCACAAACAAAAUUUAAUUUUGGGAAUUGUACUCGGUACUGGGCUAAUACACAAAAUGGAAACAAAUCUUUAAUUGACUUGAAAUAUUGAUGGAUUUAUCAGAAGUGCACCUAGGCAGCCCAGCGAAAGCCAGGGUAAUGAUAAUAUAUGUAGCAGGGCUAGCUGGGAGAACAGCUAUCGGAACUGAAGUGGCUACCCUGGGUCAAUCUGCCAUUGUUAUUAUUAUAUUAUUAUUAUUAAAAGUGUAGCUUUAGAUUCUCAUUGUACCAUAUAGGUAUUGGUGUCGGCCUACAUGUAUGUCAAAAGACACUAGACAUUUUAGGUGGCUUUUUAAAGCUUAGAACAUAUUCUUGUACAGUACGUAUUCUCCAUUUUUUUGGAGGAAUUUCCUCUGUAAACCCUAUGCAUUUAUAAAUUAAUUCCUAGUACAUGUACUGUAUAUAUGAUUAUGUUUUCUUUUAUAUAUUUGUAUUUAUACAACUCUCUUUUUGAAUCGUAGAUCAUGUUAUUUAUAAAAAUUAAAGUAAUUCUCUUAUAAUCUGAAACUAGGUAGAUUAUACGUUUUUAGUGCCUAAAUUCAUGUACAUGUAGCAUGUUGAAGGAAAUAGUUAUGGAACUUUUAUUCGGUAGGUUUUAGGAAAAAAAAUAAACAGUAUAAAUGUGUACAUUUUAAUAUAUGCUUACAAUGUAUUAUUAAGAUUUUAUAAUUUUGUUCUUAAAACAGUUCUUCUUUGAUGCAUACAUGUAUAUGUAAGGUGUAAUUUAAAUGUUCCCCUUUAAAAAAAAAAAGUCUAUUGUUAAAGGUGGAGCUAUGUAAUUUGUGGUAGCUUUAUAUUGUCAUCUCAAGUCUGAGGUAGAAUUAAGGUUUCGAGAUGUGUUUCAAGUACUUUUGGUAGAAGAUAUACCCAAAGGUGUUUUAAUUAUGAUGUUUGAAAAGCAUUUGGGAAUCUUGCAAAUUUGUGCCAUCUGAAACCUAUUUGAGUAUUAAAGUAACACAUUUCUGUAUGAUAGAGAAAUGAAAGGCUGUUUUGAAACAUGUCUGUGCUUUGACCACUACCAUCCUUUUAGGUUUCAGAGAAAAUGUGCACACCCCGCGAAGUAUACAGCCACAAGUCAAAACAUAGACUCGUGACUUCAGGUUCAAACAUUGCUUUGCAGCUGUGCAGUGACAAGUGCUGUUUUCUGAAUGAGAAAACGUGACCUUUUAAGAAACACUUUUAGAAUGACCUUAGGAAAAGCUUUUUAACAGUGGGUACAGAAAUGUGUAACUAAAAAGAAAAGUUUAUAAAGGCAGUCGUAAUUUCUGAUAACUAAAUGUCAGAAAAUAAUAUCCUUCAUUUUCUAGUACACAUCAUUGUGCAAUGUUGGUUUGCAAGGAACUGUUGUAACUGUUUAAUUCCACACCAGUUUAUGAUAUUUAUGAUUUUAUGAUCAAUUUACACUUAACUGCAAAUAUUUUACUGAUUGAUGAUGCGAAAGAGGUUCAUCCUGGCGAUGGAUUGAGUAGAAAAAUAGUAAUCGCUUGUCUCACGAUGGAUCAAGCAAUGUUUGAUCCAUCGUUAGACAACCAAUUACCCUACUUCUACUAAUUUUACUGAUUUUUUAAAAAUGUUUUCAAUAUUACUGCCUACAAGUAACAAGUUUCUGAAAUUGGUUCAUUCAAAGUUGAAACAAAAGCACCAUCUUUAGACAGUGAGCCAUUUACAAAGUGGCACUUGUCUGGAUUAUUAUUCUGAAGUUGAAUGUUUGUAGUGCUGUCUGCUAUGCAUGAUUAGGAGUGACGGGCAAUUUAGGAGUUAGAUUUUUUUUACAGAUAUUGGGGGUGUGUUUCACAAAGAAAUAAGUAUGACUUUAUUAAGUCGCACUUAAAUGCCAACGCGCACAUAAUAUGCAACGCGCAAUCUGAUUGAUGGGUACGCGGUAGUGCGUGUUCUGUGCGCAUGAUUUGACCAAUGUGGUGAUGUCUUCUUUACCGUACGUAACUGGGAAUUUAAGUGGGACUCUAAGUCACACUUAAAUCUUUGUGAAACACCCCCCUGGUUUAACAGAAUGUGGAUAUAUUACAAAUAAAUCAUUCAAGUUUGAGCAAAUUGUAUGCGUUCUCACAAAAGUUAAAGAACAUAAUGCAACUCUUGCUGAAUGGAUUAAGGAACUUAUUUAGCUUGUCCUUAAUCGCAGUCAUUCUCAAAGUCGUUUGUAACUUUAUGAAUAGCGUUCACCGUGAAACGCACCGCAGCUCUGGUCUGCUGCAGAAAGAGUUAAACACAACUCUAAAAGUUAUGCACAUUUAAUUGGUUGUAAAACAAGUUACGUUUGAUAUUUGGACUUGCGUUUGAUUGCAGCUGUAUCUUAAACGGGCCCCAUGUGCUUGUUCACCCCAUUUUAUCGUUCAUAAGAUUCUGAUGAAGAUGAUAAUAGCUCCCUUAUUUUGUAUUAUCACAAAAGUUGUGUUUUUUCUCAAAUUUGUCUGAAGCCAGUUUUAUCAGGGGUUAUUGCCUCUAUAUGUAACAUUAGAAAGUCAUGUGUGAAAUAUACAGUCAACAUGUGGUAUAAUGUAUAUUUUACAUACCAAAGUAUGUAAGUGCAAUAGUUAGUAGGAGUAAAUUGUUUGUACAUAAUUUCAAGGAGGGGAAAGAAUAAGCAAAAAGGAAAGAUUUUCAUGAAGUUUAAUUUCACUAUGUAUUCUAAACUUUAAUGCAUGUUUUUUUUUUGUAUAUCCUCUUCCAAUAUUUCUUAUAUGAAAAUAUGUAGAUAGAACUUAUUCAUGAGACAUGAAUAGAGGAUCAUUUCAUGAUAUGCUUUGUCAGUGAUUUUCACUCACUAUUGUUAUAAGCUACUUAAAAUCCUUGCAUCUGAUUGGCUGAGAGCAAAUUGGUCAGUGAAAAUCACUGGCAAAUCAUUUUAUGAAAUGCUUCCAAGAUCCAGGAUUUCAUAACAGUCCUUCAGUUUUCCCUUUGAAUCUAACAAAUACAUGUGAAAAGCAAAAAGAUGAAAAUGAAGGUUUGUACCAUAAAAAAUACCGUCAGUCAUGGUACUGACUUUGGAGUAUCUAGUUUUGAAAGUUUUUUUAAAAUGAAAUGACAAAUAGAUAGAAAAAAUAUACAUGUGUGUAAUCAAGGCCAAAUUAAGUUGUAUGAGAGGUGAUAGGCCCAUGGUUGUACUAUUCCACAUUUCUAUAUAACUAGAAUUGCCCAAGUCAAUUAGUGUAAAAGUUUUACAAAGGAGGGGGGAGGGUUAUGACAAUUUGAACUUUUCUUCCGUUCUUCUUUAUAUUAGAUUUGUAAGUCGCUGCAUUAAAAAAUUUCCGUGGCAAUUUUUUUAAUACAUCUUUUUCUCCAUUGAAAUAGAAUUUUGUACCUGUAUUGUUAAGCAAUUUAUUGUUGCGAUGAAAAAAUGUGUUUGAUAAUAUUUCUAAUGAUAUAAUAUAUGUAUGUCUUCUACUUAAACUGUAUUUAUUGUAAUAUGCUGUUAAGUCUAUUGCUGUAGAAAGUUUUGUUUUAAGUAAAAAAGUGUAAUGAUAUAUACCUCCGUCAGUUGUCUUCGGACCGCAUCCAGUUGCGAAGAUGAAAUUGAUUACAUUUUUAAUAGAGGAAAUAAUAUGCAUUGUAUGAAUAGGUCCCGGUACCACAAGGGUUUAGGUCAAACACAAUUUGACAGUGGCCAAUGAAGAUCAUUGAUGCACGUGCAUAGUGUUCACCAAACCCUCUAUCAGCCAAUCAAAAAUCCUUGCUUGAAAAUGUAUGAAUUUGUGUGAUUAUUUUGUUGACAUUUCCCCUGUGACAACUGCUUCAGGCUUUAUUUCAUCUAAGAUGGAGGGGUUGGUUUUGAGGUUUGCAAUCGGGUUUUAUGCUAGGUUCAGGGUUAGGUUUAGGUAAGGUACAUGUAAAUCCAGGGAUGAAGUCACCGGUAUUCAUUCAAGUGUGUGGAAUUUAUCGUGGAGUAAUUGUUGCUGGAGCAAAUGGGGGAUUUCAAGUCCGGUGUUGGUGUUAGUGUUGAUAUUUGGAUUGCUUCCCCUAGCUCCAAAACUUAUUCAGAGUUUGUAAAACUGAUCCAGAUCACAGUAUUGACAUCUCAGCCACUAGUGAGUGACUUUUUGGGACCAUCUUCAUUUUAUGUAUGGUGUUAUAAUCAUGUUAAAAAUGACCUUACACCAACACCAAAAGGUCAACACUGAACUUGAAAUCACCCAAUGUCAUGGAACCGGCCGUAUUGAAGAUCAAUUUAAUGCUGAUAAUCUCUCUCACUUUGUUGGUGUGGUUUAAUAUGGGGUAAGUAUGUUAUAAAGAGCCACUGAUAUUCCAUAUAAGACAUAAGAAAUAAUAAAUAAGAUUUAAGAGACAUGUAUCUUCAUAAGGGUCCUGAAAGACUUACUAUACACAAUCAGCCCCGCUGAAAUCGAUGCAUCAUUGGCCUGCUUCGAAAUGUUAUGAACCAAGCCAAUGAUACAGUGAUCAGUGGGGCUAAUUAUGUAUUCAUGAGGUCAUAUCUUGGGCCCCCAUGGACCGAUUCUCACCAAAUCUGGGUGGAGUACCGAAAUAUGGUAUCAAUCAUGCUGAAAUGCAAAAAAAUGUGACGUCAUCACUUCGGAACUUUAUUUAUAUUAUUCCCACUGAAUCCUUGUUUUUGAUGGGAUACUCGACCCUGUUUUACAACAAUACCAUUGGUCUAGCAAAUAACCGUGUACGUGAAGGAACUGCAACAGUCCCCUUAUUGAAAAUACUCUUCGUACUUCAAUUCAAACAGCAAAUUUUUUUAUUUUAUUUUAUUCAUGGCAAAGAAGGUAUGAACUAUAUUAUUUCCUCAUUAAAAAAAAAAGAAUUUCAUAGAUUAUGUUUUAUUGUUGAUAUGCAGUAUAACUGUUGUAUAAUGUAUUGUGUACGAGUAUGAUUUGAUACUACGCCUUCAGAGGUGCUGUUUGUUCGUUGUCCGUCUGUAUUAAUGUUAUCCUAAUUAGAAACCUUUUGAAAGAAAUGAUUAUGCAUUUGCAGAAGUUGUGUGUUGGCUAAGUUCAAUAAAGAAACUACAACUGUACUUAAUAGAAAGAGAA